AUGACCAAGCAGAACAGGGUAAUAGCGGUCAUCGGGGGUACUGGCAAUCAGGGAGGCUCCGUUGCUCGUUCGCUACUAGAUAAUAAAACUCUCGAUGUUCGAUGUAUUACUCGAGAUGCAUCCUCGCCCCAGGCCAAGGCUCUCACAUCCCUCGGGGCCCAAGUGGUCCAAGCUGACGCUACACAACGCCUGGAGCUGGAGAAAGCAUUUUUGGGAUGCUGUGGGCUGUUCGUAAACUACAGUGUCUAUGGUGCGGAUAUCAAUGAGGCGGAACGCAUGGGAAAAGGAAUCUUCCUCGCAGCAGCCGCAGCAGGAAUCAAACAGGUUGUCUUCAGUUCCGAGCCUCACCCAGAACGGCUCACAAGCGGAAAAGUCCCACUCGAUUACUUGGAUGUUAAAGCACGAGUGUAUGAAUGGGUCUAUCAGACUCAGAAUUUUGACUCCUUUACCCCCAUUAUGCCUGGCUGGUUUAUGGAAAACAUGCAGGAUUCCCUUAUGCAAACUCUGCUCGACGGAUUCCCCUGUAAAAAGGACAACGAUGGAUACUUGACAUGCCGCGCACCUCUCUGGGGUGGGAAUGAAGAUGUUCCCUGGAUCAGUAUAGGCGACGACUUUGGGGAUUUAGUUCACGGUAUUUUUCUAGAUCCAAUUCGAUGGAAUCAUCGGCCUGUUCAGGCAGUUGCGGAUCCAAUGUCGUUUGGAGAAAUGACUCGCAUUUUCUCCCUUGGUAUGUACCAUAUGGACCCCAAAACCCCGGCAAUACUGGAGUAUUAUGAGCUUACCUCCCACUUAGUCACGGGUCAAAAGGCACGAUAUAUUCCAUGCGACCUUUCCGAGGUGAGGUUCGGGGUUAAAUAUGAUAACCUGAAGAAUCAGGACCCAAGCGCCUUGUUUAGAUAUGCCCAGAUGCGAGACGGUGAGUAUUUUGGAAAUGGCCCUACCGAAGCUCGCACCGCUAGCCAACUCAAGAAAGCUGCUUUCAAGGCCAAGGGAGGAAAAGGAAGAGAGACCCUUAUUACACUGCGGGAGUACCUUGAGCGAGAAUUUACCUGA